CCAAGUCCCUCUCCAGCUCUUUUGGAGUGCCUCUAGGCACUGGAAAAGGUUCUUAAGUUCUCUCUGGAGCCUUCUCUUCUUCAGGCUGAACACCCCCAUCCCUCUCAUCACCUCCAUGGUGCUCCAGCUUCUCGCCCCUGCCCAGCCUGGGCCAUGGUGGCUGUGUCUUCCCAGAGCUCUCCAAGACCACCUUGCUGGAGGAGACGAGGACCACAAUGGUGGCCCGGAGCCAGGUGCUGGAGCUGGAGGAGAAGGUGCAGGUGCUCACAGGCCAGAGGGACAGCCUGGACCAGAAGCUGAGUGCCACCAGCGUGCAGCUGGAGAAGGAGAAGGUCCGUGUGGAGAGCAUGUUCCGGCACCAGGAGUCCCUGCAGGCUAAGCAGAGGGCCCUGCUGCAGCAGCUGGACUGCCUGGACCAGGAGCGUGAGGAGCUGCAGGCCAGCCUGGGAGAGGCCGAGGAGGACAAGGCCCGGCUGGCGGAGCAGCUGGAGCAGAGCCAGGAGCAGAGUGGGAAACAGCUCCAGGCACAGCAGGAGCUGCUGGACACGCUGCAGAAGGAGAAGCUGGCACUGGAGCAAUCCAUCCUGGAGCUGCAGGCAAACACAUCCCGGCUGGAGGAACAGGCACAGGAGCUGAGGGAGCGGGAAAGGCUCCUGGUGUUCUUCCCUGAUCUCCACGUCCCCACUGAGAUGCAGUUUGAGAGCAGCGGGAACUUGACAGAGGACAUGGAGAGGCAGCUCCAGGCCAACAACAUCCGGAUGCAGGUGCUGGAGCGGGAGAACGCGCAGCUCGAGGCUCUGCUCGCCAAGGUGAAGGCAGCAGCUGAGCAGGGCGUGCUCAAGCUUGUCCCACAGGCCCAGCUGGGGUCCGAGCUCCACAGGGAGGCCAGCAGGCAGGACACUCCUGGGAAGCUCAGCAGUGGAAGCAGCAGGGCCAGCCCAGGGAUGCUGGGAUGCAUUGACAAGGCCUGGCACAGAGCUCCCAGCAGCCAGCCCUCCAAGCAGCUCCGGGCAGAGCCCACAUUCCAGGCCAAACCCUGCCUAACGCUCCCAGUGCGACACCUGGGGCUUGGCCUCCCCUCGCACCACACCAGGGCUCACCGCAAAUAAACACAGAUCAGUCUGAAUUUCCUCACAGAGAAGCUGU